AUUUGAAGUUUUCCCUCGACGAUUCGAAGUAAACAGAGCUGUUUUUAAACCACAACAAUGUUGGAAUUUGAACUUUUGUAAUAUUAUUAGGGAAUGACCGCCAAAAUCUUCUACUUAAAUUUGUAGUUUUUUAAAUUAUAUUGAACUAAAUUUUAUCUUAAUUGUCAUCAGUGUUAUAUUUUAAAAUGAGUGAAUUAGGAAGAAGGUCUGCUAGACUUGCCAAUGGUAAUCAACCAAUGAAGCCUUUAGGAGUUUGUAAUUCACUCCAAUCUUAUGAUAGGAAGAGUAUAGGAAAUUGCCUCCAAAAAUCUCCCAACUGUGCUAGGAAAACUCUGUUUGAGGGUAAUUUCAAAGAAAAUGAAGAUUAUGCCCUUUGUAAGGAAAUUUCUUCAAGACGAGAAAAUACUGGAAAGUCUCCUGUUGUGGUUCCAAAUAUAAAAAGUUCAAAUGAUUCUCAUGAAAAGAAAAAGGUUAAACCUCGCCGUAGUAUGCUGGGUCUGCGAUCGAAAACCCAGUUAUCAAGUUAUAAUAAAGAUUCCACUUAUACUCUUUCCAAACCAUUGCUCGCUUCUUCACCUAAUAAUGCUGAAAGAUUGGGUGGCUAUAGGGAGUUAAGGAAAUCAAUAUCUACUCCUCAGUUAACUCCUUUUGACUCAGAUGACGUAGAUACAUCUGCAUUUUUUAACAAAGGAAUCAGUGACAGUACAUGGAGUGUUUUUAAGAGUGUAAAGAAAAAAAGUGUUUUUGAACCACCUUCAACCCGAGGUUCCCUGCUGCCUGGAAAAGCCAGGAAUCUCGUUGCUGAGAGUGAUUCAGAAUUGAAGAAUUCUAACUCAGGAACGUCCAGUUAUUACGAAUCAACCAAAAACAGAAUGCCUAGAAAGACGUUGACAGCAUCUGUUGAUCAAGAAGUAAAAUUGAAAUGGUUGGCGCAGAAAUUUCAAAUGGAUGGAAGCAAUCCACACAGUGCUGAAAAAUACACCAAAAACAUGAAUUCGGACGAUGAAUAUUAUAGUGAAAAUAGUGAAGUCGCAGAUAAUUCAGAAGAUUAUGAUGAGGACAAGUCGAACAUCACUUUAACCGAAUGUUUAAGCCCUAUUGAAAAAAUGAAUGAUACAGAUGAAAAUGACUUAUCUUCUGCUAACAGUACAGAUUCUUACAUUCAAAAUGAAACUACCAUUUUGAAUUCCGGUAAGAAUAAUUUAGAAAAAAUUGAAGAAGAGAACGGUGAGCGGGAACAUAAAGAAGAUAGCAGCAUUGAUGAAAAUCUUGACGAUUGCGAUGAAGGUGACCGUAUUGACAUUCACAGAAUCAUCAAUCUUUUCGACGAUUUGAAAAGUGAAAAAGAGGAGAUGGAUUCUAAAUGGUCUGCUUUUAUAGAACAGAGGGAAGCUUUCGAAAAAAAAUGGAAUGAUUUUAAUUUUUUAUUUAGAGCUUACGAAAGAAAUGUAACUUCGUCCCAGAAAAAAUUGACGACCUCUAAUUCUGUUCAAGGGAAGUCGAAGAAGGUCGUAAGUACAAAAUUAAGGCCUAGUUUUGUAAAUCCUGCCAACAUAUGCUUAAAGCUUCCCAAAGCACAGUCUAAUUCAAGCUCUUCUAAUAGAUAUAACGAAAAGAAAUCUAAUUCGGGGAAUUGUAAGACCCCACUUAGCAAUGAUAAAUUAUUGAGAAGGUUCAGGAAGUCUACUUGUUACACGCCUAAUUCUUUGUCUAUAAUGGUCGAUGAUCAGGCAAAAGACAUAUUCGGCAGUUAAUAUCAAAAUUAAAAAAGGGGGGAGGAUUUUUUUUAUAUUAACUUUAUUGGUUUGAUUUCUAUAUUUAAUAUGAAAUUUUUAAGUAUAUAAUUUUAGACUGUUUUGACUUAGAUGAAGAUCUCUUUGUUUGUAAAUGGUUAUUUAUUAGUAUAUGGAUAUUGACAUUCCAAACUUGGUGGAAUGUUUUGUUAAAUUAAUUGCAUAGCAUUUUCCAUAUAUCGUUUAAUAAAAACAUUUCUUGUUGAAAAAAAAAAAAUGUACUGAUGGCAUGUUUUGUUAUUAGGUGCACUUUGCACUUUAAAUAUAAUUUGGAAUGCUAAAAAAAAAAUUAUUUCUCAUAAUCUGUUAUCAGUUCCAGUAUUGUCUGUUGUCAAGUAAAUUGUUAUAUCAAAGUACAAAUAAUAUUUAUUGCAGAUAUGUAUCAAAAAUAAAGUCUGUACAAAGUAUAAAU